AUGGCUUCGCCAGACGAGCAAGACGAGAAACUCAUUGUGCCGAAAUUUUCGUCCUUCAGACCCAAGAAUCCUGAGAAAGAGAACCCUCUCAAAGUCACCAAGGAGCAUGAGGCUCGUCACAAGAAGCACACACGGGACGACGAAAAGUCAAGGAGCCGCCGGCACCGUGAGGAUCGUGACGCAAGGCACAGUGAGCGUGAGACUCGCCAACAUCGAGACCGGGACCGAAGCCGAGAUCGACAUCGUCACAGGCCGCCAAGCCGUGAGAGGAGGAGGAGGCAGGAUGAGGCAGAGAAGAAGAGGCCUGCUUCCAAGCCAGAGGGUGUUCCUGGCUUGUUUGUGAUUGACACCAAAGGAGACCCCCUGAUCAUCAGGUACGGGGGCCUUGACCAAUCGCAGGUGCCCGCUUAUCAUCGCCGCGAGGGUCGGAAGAUUCUUGGCUCGGAAGGCCGCCUGGUUCUUCACCGUGAUGGCCCUCGAGAUUUGUUCAGUAUUCGCAUGCCCGGCGAAGGAUUUCACAGCGGUAGAGAUGGCCUUCGGUCAAAAAGGCCAAAGACGGAAUCCAGACCAGUCAAGAGGAUCAUGAGAAGGGAUGGUGCUGAUUCUGAUUCGGGAGAGGCUGAAGGAUUUCUGUCUUUGGUUUCAUCUAGAAAACGAAAGCGUGAUCAGCGAAAUGCACAGUCCUCGGACGACGAACGCCCGUCCUAUCGAUCCAUUGAAGGCAAGGCAAAACCACGACAGCACUCGGAUAGCGAGUCGGAUGAGGACUCGGAUAUGUCAAUCGAAACGGUGGCAGUGGAUCAGAGCAACCCGCUGAAGCAAAAGUCCAUUCAGCUGAGCAGACGAGUAAAGGAAGCUCCAGAAGAUAUCGACGCUUGGCUGGAGCUUGUAGACCACCAGGACGCUUUGCUCAAGGCUGGGGAAGACUUGGACCAUACGGUACUAGAAAAUGAAGCCCAUAGCUUUGCAGAGAUCAAGGUAUCCAUGCUCGAGUCUGCUCUUACGAACGCAAAGAGCGUGGAGGACCGCCGCCGAGUCCUCGUGUACCUCAUGCGAGAGGGUGCCAAAGUGUGGACCAGCAAAACGACGGCCAAAAGAUGGUCAGAGGUCUUGAACGACGACGAUCAUUUCGUCUUGUGGAAGACGCACCUUGACUUUUUGACGACCAACAUCACGGCAUUCCAGUAUGAUGACAUUAAGAAAAUGCUUCUAGACAGGCUACGCCUGACUCUCAAUCGCUUGACAACGGCGCAGCCGAAAGAUGCCACCGAAGAAGCCAUAUUCGUGUUCCUGAGACUGACUCGGUUCGUCCACGAUGCUGGCUACAAGGAGCUGGCUGUUGCCGCCUGGCAGGGUCUCCUUGAGGUCAACUUCUUCAGACCGCUGGCCACCGACGACGAGCAGUCUGCUCUGGAUGCUUUUUCCGACUUCUGGGAAAGCGAAGUCCCUCGGAUAGGAGACGCCGGCGCCAAGGGUUGGAGACAUUACGUCGAGUUCGGUGGUGAAGGGGACGCCGCAGAGCCAAUACGGGCGGCGCCAAUCAUACCAUCUUCCUCACGAGAUGUUUACAAAGCCUGGGGCCAUCUGGAGCACUCUCGAUCGCAAACAGCAAAGUUGCCGGCGAGGACGAUGGACGAUGGGACGGAUGAUGACCCGUUUCGAGUCGUCAUCUUCUCUGAUAUCAGACCAUUCCUCUUCCUGAUACCGACAUCUAUUCUUCCACAGGUCUCGGGCCAGCUGAUUGAUGCAUUUCUACUCUUCUGUGGCUUUGCACCGGCAUUCAAAGCAAGCAGUUGGACAGAGAUUGCCUACAACGACCAGUUCAUUUCAUCACCGCUCGUCAGGCUGGACUUGCAGCCGGUUCUACACAUUGACGACGAUACAGACGACUGGUACAGGAGACAGCCGCGGUUUGACAUGGGCGUCAACGCCGCUGCUUCUCUAUCUCUCCUGUUUGGCGGCUCAGAGUGGUUUCAUUAUAUCCCCACCAAGUCGCAGGAUCCCAUAGUGGGCUCGCUCUGGGUUUACGAGGCACUGAAGCAGCUUGUCCACGGUGCGGGAAUGGAGAGCGUCGCUCAAUAUUACCUUGCGAUGGCCUUUUCGAAUGAACAGACGGGCAUCAAGAAGCCUGCCAAGGCUCUACUCAAACAGUAUCCCACGAAUUCUGAACUGUAUAACGCGUAUGCAGUUGCGGAAUAUGCAAACGACCGAGGUGUGGCGGACAAGGUGAUAAGGGCUGCUACUGAGUCCACCUCGUGGUAUAGAUUCCUGUUCCAUGCGACUUGGAGUUGGAUGGAUCUGGAAGCAGGCAAUCUUGGCCUAGCCAAAGCGCGGCUCUGCGCAUCAGUGGACGAGAAGCUCAAAGGCGUGGGGACAGAUGCCCCCGAAAUCAGCAAUACUACGCUGCUGAAAGCCCACCAGACGUUUACAUCGAGCUUUCACGAAUAUCUGUUUGGUGGGGAUUCUGCUGGAGCGAGCACCCUCGCCGAGUGCAUGGUGCUGCUGGCGUAUCUCACGGCUUCAGGAAACACGGAGCCCACGUCGGUAUUGCAAGGCAACAUUGCUGCUGCAAUGAACACCGUGGAUGGGAUAUCUCAGGAGUUUCGAUCUCGGGAUCAAGGCGAUUCAGCAGCGCACGAGCGUGUCCUCCAAUAUGCUGCACAUCUCCUGUAUCUGCAUGCAUCAAAGGGACCAUUCCGGAGAGUGUAUCUGCGUGAGAAGCUGUCAGGCUUCAUCCGGCAGUUCCCACGAAACUCCAUCUUCCUCGCCCUGUUUGAGUGGUCCGACGCGAGCUUGCGUGUCAUUGACGAGACGCGCGACCUGCUGUAUGACCAGGUGUUGGUGAAGGAACACGAUUGCGUGAGCAGCCGCGUGUUUGCCAUCCAGCACGAGCUCACACGCGGCAACGUCAACACGACAAAGAGCGCAUUCGAGAACGCGCUCGCGAGCGAUGCUUGUCGAAAUGCUCCCGCGUUGUGGGUGCACUACAUCCGAUUCUGCUAUGCGCAAAAGCAGUUCCGCAACAGGGCAAAGGACGUGUUUUACCGGGCUCUGAGGCACUGCCCGGGGUCGAAGGAGGUGAUGAUGGAGGCGUUUGCGACUCUGAUUCGCGACAUGGACUCGGAGGAGCUGAGGGCUGUGUACAACACGAUGACGGCGAAGGGGAUGAGGGUCCAUGUUGACUUGGAGGAGUUUCUCGAGAGGCGGAGGGAGGAGAGGAACAGAUGA